AUGGCUAAAACAUUAAAUGGCAAAGGAAACGGAUUAAACGGAGCCAGUCCAGAUCGGGAACGAUGCCGUUCAGUCAGGGUGCCCAUAGCUGCACAACUGGAAGUUUGGAAGGUGAUGUCUCGAAUCCCGCAGAGGGGAGGGCUCAUCUCUUGGCUCGGCAGCCCAUCAGCGAAAAUGCAAUUAAGUCAAAAGGUUUUAGCCUUGAAUACUUACAUUUAUGGAUUGAUAGAUACUUUAUCCUCCUCAGUCCUCACUGUCACGCAGUGUUUCACCCUCUGGGAAACCUUAUGUAAGGAAGGGCAAAAGCAUGAGGAACAGUCCUGUGAGGACCACGGUGAGAGGAGGAGGAAGAGCAGAAAGAAAGUUUCAGGACUGCAGCCCCUGGAGAACCCGCGCUGGAGCAGGGGGAGAUUUCCUGCAGGAUCUGCGGCCUGUGGAGAGCCCACACAGGAGCAGGCUCAUCCUGAAGGACUGCCGCGGGAGGGACCCACACGGGAGCAGGGAAGAAGCGUGAGGAGGAAGGAGCAGCAGGGAGAGCUGCCAUGGCCUGAUCACAGCCCCAUCCCCUUUGCUGCUCAAGGUGGUGGUAGAAAAUUUGGAAAUGAAGGAGUGACAGGAAUGAAGUCGAGCUUCAUUCAAAGGCAGUGGCAGGAAGGAAAAGAAGAAUAUAUUGCGACAUUCAAGGGAUCAGAAUACUUCUGCUACGAUUUGUCUCAGAAUCCUAUACAGAGUAGCAGUGAUGAAAUAACUCUGUCGUUUAAAACGCUUCAGAGGAACGGACUGAUGCUUCACACAGGAAAAUCGGCUGAUUAUGUCAAUCUCGCGCUGAAAAAUGGAGCUGUCUCCUUGGUCAUUAAUUUGGGCUCAGGGGCCUUUGAAGCGCUGGUGGAACCUGUGAAUGGGAAAUUUAAUGACAAUGCCUGGCAUGAUGUGAAAGUAACCAGGAAUCUGCGUCAGGUGACAAUAUCAGUGGAUGGAAUUCUGACCACAACGGGAUACACGCAAGAAGACUACACCAUGUUGGGCUCUGAUGACUUUUUCUAUGUUGGAGGCAGUCCUAGCACAGCAGACCUCCCAGGGUCACCAGUCAGUAACAACUUUAUGGGCUGUCUCAAAGAGGUUGUGUACAAAAAUAACGAUGUCAGGUUGGAGUUAUCUCGACUUGCCAAGCAAGGAGAUCCUAAAAUGAAGAUUCACGGGGUUGUAGCAUUUAAAUGUGAGAAUGUCGCAACCUUAGAUCCAAUCACGUUUGAAACGCCAGAGUCUUUCAUCUCUUUGCCAAAGUGGAAUGCCAAGAAAACAGGCUCAAUAUCGUUUGACUUUCGUACAACGGAGCCAAAUGGCCUGAUUCUUUUUAGUCAUGGAAAACCCAGGCACCAAAAAGAUGCCAAACACCCACAGAUGGUGAAGGUUGACUUUUUUGCUAUUGAGAUGCUUGAUGGCCACCUCUACCUGCUGUUAGACAUGGGAUCAGGUACUAUAAAAAUAAAAGCCUUGCAGAAGAAGGUGAAUGAUGGUGAAUGGUACCACGUGGAUUUUCAACGGGAUGGGCGGUCAGGUAAGCAUCUUUUUUUUAAUAUUCAGUAUGGUCUUUUUCAUGUUGUAGCUGAGAGAAUACGAGGUCUAUUUUAA